AUGUUUCUCUCCGACGAGGACCAACCUGGUCCACCUGAGAACUACGGCUCAUUCUUCGACAUCGAUACUGCCCUUCGGGGACAAGGAGGGGACAGACGCCGUAUUCUUCAAAACACGAUCGCUUCCUUUGACUUGGCGCCGCGCAAGAACGAACGCACCGAAGCGGUCACAGUGAGGGCGCACGUAGCUCUCCUCGAGCGAUUGCUGGAAUGGAACUAUAUCGUCGAUGGCGAUAAAAUUGGAGAAGGGUUUAGUGAGCUUCACACUGCUGGUGGAUCCCUUUCCCUCUACGAUGCCAGGGUACGGGAAGAUGAUGGUCGGGACAAGACGUAUCGGCAGACCACACACUUUUCUCGAUUCGUCAAUUGGUCACGCAAGAACGCAAAGCUCUUCGACGAAGGCGCCGAAGGCAAGGUUGGAGCUCGAGAAGGGAUCAUCAAGCCAGAUGGGGGUAUUUCUGCUAGUGUUGUCUGCAAAUUUGAUGGUAUCGACAUGCCUACCCUCGUCAACAGCAGCGAGCCUGUCAUGGAGCCAAACGAGUCCUUGGCGUCCUUUAGCCGCGUGUCAGCCGGUCUUCGUACCCAGUACGAGCUGGACAACAACCAGGUGCUCUAUCACAUCGUCUGCAUUGUGAUAGAAAUAAAGCCCCCAACCAUUCCCGAGACGCACCUUAUCGGCCAGAUUUCAUGCUAUGCUGGAGGCUUACAUGAUGUCUGUGGAACCAGCUACGGUUACGCAGGUCGUGGUUCGAAGGCGUAUCGCCUUCUGGUCUUGGACAAUGCCAUCGUCUUCGAAGGCCCCAGUGACAGAGUAGAGGUUUUUGAGAACUUCAACCUGCUGGCAGAAGGGUUGAAAGAUGGCAGUGUCGAAGUUGGAAGGUCCCUCCUUCUCGAAGAUAGAGAUGAAAAAGGCAAAAAAGGGCUGGACGAGGAUUUGGUGAAAGACAUUAGAAAGCUGUUUGUCGCUGCAAUCGAGCAGCUCAAGGAAAUUCGUUGCGAUCGCCAGCCUUUGAAGCGGCUUCCCAGCCCCGAGGGGCCGACAUGGACAGCCUUGAGGGACAGGGUGAAGACUGCCACGAUCAAAAAUGCCGUGACUGAGCCCGAACCGCUCUUUGAAGCGGCGCGUUUGUCAAAAAAGAAGAUUGCUCAACUUAGAGAGUUGCACAAACGCAAGGAAGAAUCUGCGUCUGCGGGGAAUGCUGAAAGUGGGCCGAGGGCAGAGGACUCUGAGUUUGUGGCUCCUCCUCCAGAGGGAGCCGAGUCGACUGAAGUGAAUGCGGACGCGCAGCCAGGGACCGACGACAAUCCCAAAAAGCCGAAAGGAAACGGAAGGAAGACCAAGCAGCGAUCUGUCAACGACCCUGCUCCGAAAAUCCGGCGCAAUCGUUCGCGUUCCCCUGGCGGCGGUGGGCAAGGGCCCAAGGAGCGCCGCGCCACAAGAAGCCGGGCCGCUCAGGCCGGUCCGUCUGCUACAACCUCGAGUGCUACCAAGGAAGGCGGUCAGCGCGGGCGCGGGAGCGGGCGUGGGGCCAAGACAGCGGAUAGGACCGUUGGGCAUAAGGUUGGCAAAAACAGGGAGAGCAAUGGCAAUGCAACGGAUGUUUUGAAAGGGAAAGACAGUUUCGAGAGCGCCUCUUCCCAAGUUACCGAGCCCUUCCAAAACUUCCUCUCCAGCCAACUCGACCUCCCCAUGAAAAACCCCGACCGGGAACCCCGCCGAUCUGUCCGCCACGCCUCUUCCGCCACCUCAUCCUCCAACGUUCCCUCUGCUACCCACCCCGGCGCGGGUGGGUUCAACAAUGCCGCCCUCGGGCCUAUGGGCGGAGAUGGAAGGUCGAUUGGGGAGGGAGAUGAUGGGAAGGAGGAGGAUGGGAAAGCUGCGCCGGGGACGCCGGCACCUGCUAUGCCUAACGAAGCGUUGCACAACUUUUUCCAGGGCUUGCUGGCGAACAGGGGCAAGACGGGGGGUAGUGCUGCUGGGACUCCUAGGAAGGGAACCAGUGCUGAAGGGGCGGGGGAGGGCAAGUAG